AUGGAUGUGAAGGAACGUAGGCCUUACUGCUCCCUGACCAAGAGCAGACGGGACAAGGAACGUCGCUAUACAAACUCUUCUGCAGAAAAUGAGGAGUGCAGAGUGCCUACUCAGAAGUCUUACAGCUCCAGUGAAACCUUGAAAGCUUUUGAUCAUGAUUCCUCUAGGUUGCUGUAUGGAAACCGGGUAAAAGAUUUGGUCCACAGAGAAGCAGAUGAGUAUACCAGACAAGGACAGAAUUUUACCCUAAGGCAGUUAGGAGUUUGUGAACCAGCAGCUCGUCGAGGACUGGCAUUUUGUGCGGAAAUGGGGCUGCCCCACAGAGGUUACUCUAUCAGUGCAGGGUCAGAUGCUGAUACUGAAAAUGAAGGAGUGAUGUCUCCAGAGCAUGCCAUGAGACUUUGGGGCAGGGGGGUCAAAUCAGGGCGCAGUUCCUGUCUGUCGAGCCGUUCCAACUCAGCCCUCACUCUGACUGAUACCGAACAUGAAAACAAGUCCGACAGUGAAAAUGGUCCUCCCAUGCCAUCCUCCUCAUCUAGUCCAUCAGUUCCUGAACAUUUACACUCCCUUCCUCCAUCACCCAAUCUCCAUGACAACCAGAGGUGGUUAUUAAGUAAUAAUGCCAGCCAGCCAGUUCAGGACUCUGAUACAGAUGAGGACUAUACUGCCGGCUCAUAUCUAGUACAGACCGGUGAUAAUCCAGUAUCUGUCCCAGGUCAUGAACAACCUCCAAAUAACCAAGGCCAGUCGACCCUGCAGCCUUUGCCGCCUUCUCACAAGCAACAUUCAGCACAGCAUCACCCAUCCAUCACCUCACUUAACAGAAACUCACUGACAAAUAGGAGGAAUCAGAGUCCGGCCCCGCCGGCUGCUUUGCCCGCCGAGCUGCAAACCACACCUGAGUCAGUCCAGCUGCAGGACAGCUGGGUGCUUGGCAGUAAUGCACCACUGGAAAGCAGAGAAUUAGAAAGUCAAGCAGUCCUUGCAAAUGGUCAUGACAACCUUAUAGAGAUGGAUGUGUUUUCUCCAACAUAUCACGAUAGCAGUUAUGGGCAUUUCCUAUUCAAAACAGGAACAGGGACCACACCACUGUUCAGUACUGCAACGCCAGGGUACACAAUGGCAUCCGGCUCUGUUUAUUCCCCUCCUACUCGGCCACUACCUAGGAACACUCUAUCCAGAAGUGCUUUUAAAUUCAAGAAGUCUUCGAAGUACUGUAGCUGGAAAUGUACUGCACUCUGUGCUGUAGGGGUCUCAGUGCUGCUGGCAAUACUGCUGUCCUACUUUAUAGCAAUGCAUCUGUUUGGCCUCAACUGGCAGUUACAGCAGACUGAAAAUGAUACAUUUGAGAAUGGAAAAGUGAAUUCUGAUACUGUGCCAACGCAUCCUGUAACGGUUCCUGCUGGAGACAGUGGAAAAUUAGGAGGAUUUGCACAAGAAAACAACACUAUAGAUUCUGGAGAACUUGACAUAGGCCGAAGAGCAAUACAAGAAGUACCUCCUGGGAUUUUUUGGAGAUCACAGCUCUUUAUUGAUCAGCCACAGUUUCUAAAAUUCAAUAUAUCCGUUCAGAAAGAUGCACUGAUUGGAGUAUAUGGUCGAAAAGGCUUACCACCUUCACACACUCAGUACGACUUCGUGGAGCUCCUGGAUGGCAGCCGGCUGAUUGCAAGGGAGCAACGCAACCUGCUGGAGUCGGAGCGAGCAGGACGGCAGGCGAGGUCUGUCAGUCUCCACGAGGCAGGUUUUAUCCAGUAUUUGGAUUCUGGCAUCUGGCACCUGGCCUUUUAUAAUGAUGGGAAAAAUGCAGAGCAGGUGUCUUUUAAUACCAUAAUUAUAGAGUCUGUGGUGGAAUGUCCCCGAAAUUGCCAUGGUAACGGUGAAUGUGUUUCUGGAUCCUGCCAUUGUUUUCCUGGGUUUCUGGGCCCCGAUUGUUCGAGAGCAGCCUGCCCGGUGCUGUGCAGUGGCAAUGGGCAGUACUCCAAAGGACGCUGCCUGUGCUACAGUGGCUGGAAGGGCACCGAAUGUGAUGUGCCUACAAGUCAGUGCAUCGAUCCCCAGUGUGGGGGACGGGGCAUUUGCAUCAUGGGCUCUUGUGCCUGCAACUCUGGGUACAAAGGAGAAAACUGUGAAGAAGCGGAUUGCUUGGACCCAGCCUGCUCCAGCCAUGGUGUGUGCAUCCACGGCGAGUGCCACUGCAACCCAGGCUGGGGUGGCAACAACUGUGAAAUCCUGAAGACAAUGUGCUCUGACCAGUGCUCUGGUCAUGGCACCUACCUUCAAGAGAGUGGUAGCUGCACCUGUGACCCCAACUGGACAGGUCCAGAUUGCUCCAAUGAGAUGUGUUCGGCGGACUGCGGCGCGCACGGCGUGUGCAUGGGCGGCACGUGUCGCUGCGAGGACGGCUGGACGGGCGCAGCCUGCAACCAGCGGGCCUGCCACCCCCGCUGCGCCGAGCACGGCACCUGUAAGGACGGCAAGUGUGAAUGUAGCCAGGGAUGGAACGGAGAGCACUGUACCAUUGCUCACUAUUUGGAUAAGAUAGUGAAAGAGGGCUGCCCUGGUUUAUGCAACAGCAAUGGGAGAUGCACACUGGACCAAAAUGGCUGGCACUGUGUCUGCCAGCCAGGAUGGAGGGGAGCAGGUUGUGAUGUAGCCAUGGAAACUCUCUGCACUGACAGUAAGGACAACGAAGGAGAUGGGCUAGUUGACUGUAUGGAUCCUGACUGCUGUUUGCAGAGUUCUUGCCAAAACCAGCCUUAUUGUCGUGGACUGCCUGAUCCCCAGGAUAUCAUCAGCCAAAGCCAACAGUCGCCAUCUCAGCAAGCUGCCAAAGCGUUUUAUGACCGGAUCAGUUUCCUCAUUGGAGCAGACAGCACCCAUGUCAUACCUGGGGAAAGCCCUUUUAAUAAGAGUCUUGCAUCUGUCAUAAGAGGCCAAGUAUUAACUGCUGAUGGAACACCACUCAUUGGAGUCAACGUUUCCUUCCUGCACUAUCCAGACUAUGGAUAUACAAUCACUCGCCAGGACGGAAUGUUUGACUUGGUAGCGAAUGGUGGUGCCUCUCUGACACUGGUGUUUGAGCGAUCACCGUUCCUGACACAGUAUCACACAGUGUGGAUUCCCUGGAAUGUCUUUUAUGUCAUGGAUACCCUUGUCAUGAAGAAGGAAGAGAAUGACAUUCCCAGUUGUGAUCUAAGCGGGUUUGUAAGGCCAAACCCCGUUAUCGUGUCAUCGCCUUUAUCCACUUUCUUUAGAAUUUCUCCUGAAGAUAGUCCUAUCAUCCCAGAGACACAGGUACUUCAUGAAGAAACGACAAUACCAGGAACUGAUUUGAAGUUAUCAUACUUGAGCUCCAGGGCUGCAGGAUAUAAAUCUGUACUGAAGAUUACUAUGACCCAGUCUGUUAUACCAUUUAAUUUAAUGAAGGUUCAUCUUAUGGUGGCAGUGGUGGGAAGACUUUUCCAAAAAUGGUUCCCUGCAUCCCCAAAUCUAGCAUACACCUUCAUAUGGGAUAAAACUGAUGCAUACAAUCAGAGGGUCUACGGAUUAUCAGAAGCUGUUGUGUCUGUAGGUUAUGAGUAUGAGUCUUGCUUGGAUCUAACUCUGUGGGAAAAGAGGACUGCCAUUUUGCAGGGUUAUGAACUGGAUGCCUCCAAUAUGGGUGGUUGGACAUUGGAUAAGCAUCAUGUAUUGGAUGUUCAGAAUGGAAUCCUCUACAAAGGGAAUGGUGAAAAUCAAUUUAUAUCUCAGCAGCCCCCAGUUGUUAGUAGCAUUAUGGGCAACGGGAGACGACGCAGCAUCUCCUGUCCAAGCUGUAAUGGUCAAGCUGAUGGUAAUAAAUUACUGGCUCCAGUUGCCUUAGCUUGUGGGAUAGAUGGCAGUCUGUACGUGGGGGAUUUCAACUACGUUCGGCGGAUAUUCCCAUCUGGAAAUGUAACUAGUGUUCUGGAGCUAAGAAAUAAAGAUUUUAGACAUAGCAACAACCCAGCUCACAGAUACUACCUCGCAACUGACCCCGUGACAGGAGAUCUGUACGUUUCUGACACGAACACACGCAGGAUUUAUCGGCCCAAGUCGCUCACUGGUGCAAAAGACCUCACCAAAAAUGUUGAGGUGAUUGGAGGAACAGGGGAGCAGUGCCUGCCAUUCGAUGAGGCAAGGUGUGGUGAUGGAGGCAAGGCAGUGGAGGCAACUCUCAUGAGCCCUAAAGGAAUAGCAAUAGACAAGAAUGGGUUAAUCUACUUUGUCGAUGGGACCAUGAUCAGAAAAGUGGAUCAGAAUGGAAUAAUAUCAACUUUGCUUGGCUCCAAUGACCUCACCUCAGCACGACCUCUAACCUGUGAUACCAGCAUGCACAUCAGCCAGGUUCGUCUGGAAUGGCCUACAGAUUUAGCUAUCAACCCAAUGGAUAACUCCAUUUACGUUUUGGAUAACAACGUGGUUCUGCAGAUCACCGAAAACCGCCAGGUUCGCAUUGCUGCGGGGAGGCCGAUGCACUGCCAGGUUCCCGGGGUGGAGUACACGGUGGGCAAACACGCUGUCCAGACCACGCUGGAGUCAGCCACUGCCAUCGCCGUGUCCUACAGCGGGGUGCUUUACAUUACAGAAACUGAUGAGAAAAAGAUAAAUAGGAUAAGACAGGUCACAACUGAUGGAGAGAUCUCUUUAGUUGCUGGAAUACCCUCAGAGUGUGAUUGCAAAAAUGAUGUUAACUGUGACUGUUACCAAAAUGGAGAUGGCUAUGCUAAAGAUGCCAAACUUAAUGCCCCCUCCUCCUUAGCGGUGUCUCCAGAUGGCACGCUGUAUAUUGCUGAUCUGGGAAACAUUAGGAUCCGGGCUGUGUCAAAGAACAAACCCUUAAUGAAUUCAAUGAACUUCUAUGAAGUUGCUUCUCCAACUGACCAAGAGCUGUAUAUCUUUGAUGUCAAUGGUACUCACCAGUACACUGUGAGUUUAGUCACCGGAGACUACCUGUACAAUUUUAGCUACAGUAAUGACAAUGAUAUUACUGCGGUAACGGACAGCAAUGGGAAUACUCUUCGGAUCAGGCGGGAUCCCAACCGGAUGCCAGUAAGAGUGGUCUCUCCUGAUAACCAAGUCAUCUGGCUGACCAUAGGCACCAAUGGAUGUUUGAAAAGCAUGACUGCACAAGGGCAGGAGCUGGUCUUAUUUACCUACCAUGGCAACAGUGGACUUCUGGCAACUAAAAGCGAUGAGACUGGAUGGACCACUUUUUUUGACUACGAUAGCGAGGGCCGUCUAACAAAUGUUACAUUCCCAACUGGAGUUGUCACUAACCUUCAUGGGGAAAUGGAAAGGGCCAUUACAGUGGACAUUGAGUCAUCCAGCAGAGAGGAAGAUGUCAGCAUCACUUCCAACUUAUCAUCAAUCGAUUCCUUCUAUACCAUGGUUCAAGAUCAGUUAAGAAAUAACUACCAGAUUGGUUAUGAUGGCUCACUGAGAAUCCUGUAUGCCAGCGGUCUGGACUCACACUACCAGACAGAACCACAUGUCUUGGCUGGCACUGCCAACCCAACCAUGGCAAAGAGAAACAUGACCCUCCCAGGGGAGAAUGGGCAGAACCUGGUGGAGUGGCGAUUCCGGAAAGAGCAAGCUCAAGGAAAAGUCAAUGUCUUUGGCCGAAAGCUUAGGGUUAAUGGCAGAAACCUCCUUUCAGUUGACUUUGAUCGAACCACAAAGACAGAAAAGAUCUACGAUGACCACCGUAAAUUCCUGCUGAGGAUUGCCUACGACACGUCAGGGCACCCCACCCUGUGGCUCCCGAGCAGCAAGCUGAUGGCUGUCAAUGUUACCUAUUCAUCCACAGGUCAAAUAGGCAGCAUACAGCGAGGCACGACUAGUGAAAAAAUAGAGUAUGAUGGACAGGGAAGGAUAGUGUCUAGAGUGUUUGCUGAUGGGAAAACCUGGAGUUACACAUAUUUGGAAAAGUCAAUGGUUCUUCUGCUCCAUAGCCAACGGCAGUAUAUCUUCGAGUAUGAUUUGUUGGAUCGGCUUUCUGCUGUCACCAUGCCCAGUGUUGCUCGUCACACCAUGCAGACUAUUCGUUCCAUCGGCUAUUACCGGAAUAUAUACAACCCCCCGGAAAGCAAUGCGUCUGUUAUAAUGGACUACAAUGAAGAAGGGCAGCUCCUUCAAACUGCUUUCCUGGGGACAAGCCGAAGAGUGUUAUUCAAGUACAGACGGCAGACUAAGCUUUCAGAAAUUUUAUAUGAUAGUACAAGAGUUAGUUUUACUUACGAUGAGACAGCAGGAGUCCUGAAAACAGUAAACCUCCAAAGCGAUGGUUUUAUCUGCACCAUUAGAUACAGACAAAUUGGCCCGUUGAUUGACAGACAGAUUUUCCGCUUUAGUGAAGAUGGAAUGGUAAAUGCCCGAUUUGACUACAGCUAUGACAAUAGCUUCAGAGUGACUAGCAUGCAAGGUGUCAUCAAUGAAACCCCCCUGCCUAUUGAUCUCUACCAGUUUGACGAUAUCUCUGGCAAAGUUGAACAGUUUGGAAAAUUUGGAGUUAUAUAUUAUGAUAUUAACCAGAUCAUUUCAACAGCUGUAAUGACGUACACAAAACACUUCGAUGCACAUGGGCGCAUCAAGGAAAUUCAGUAUGAAAUAUUUCGCUCAUUAAUGUAUUGGAUUACAAUUCAGUAUGAUAACAUGGGACGAGUGACGAAAAGAGAAAUUAAGAUUGGGCCAUUUGCCAACACCACAAAAUAUGCUUAUGAAUAUGACGUAGAUGGUCAGCUCCAGACAGUUUACCUGAAUGAAAAAAUAAUGUGGCGAUACAACUAUGACCUGAAUGGCAACCUGCACUUGCUCAACCCCAGCAGCAGCGCCCGUUUGACACCACUUCGGUAUGACCUGAGAGACAGAAUAACUCGACUAGGAGAUGUACAGUACAGGUUAGAUGAAGACGGAUUUCUGCGUCAGAGGGGCACCGAAAUCUUCGAAUACAGUUCAAAGGGCCUUCUUACUCGAGUUUAUAGCAAAGGCAGCGGGUGGACAGUGAUUUACCGUUACGAUGGACUUGGACGACGAGUCUCCAGUAAAACUAGCCUUGGGCAGCAUCUCCAGUUCUUUUAUGCAGACCUUACUUACCCAACCAGGAUAACUCAUGUAUAUAACCACUCAAGUUCUGAAAUCACAUCUCUAUACUAUGAUCUGCAAGGACAUCUUUUUGCCAUGGAAAUUAGCAGUGGAGAUGAGUUUUACAUUGCAUCAGACAAUACAGGGACACCGCUGGCUGUUUUCAGUAGCAAUGGUCUCAUGCUUAAACAAAUUCAAUAUACCGCCUAUGGAGAGAUCUAUUUUGACUCUAACCUUGACUUCCAGCUGGUAAUUGGAUUCCACGGAGGCUUAUAUGACCCACUGACCAAACUAGUCCACUUUGGAGAAAGAGAUUAUGACAUACUGGCAGGCCGGUGGACAACACCUGAUAUUGAAAUCUGGAAGAGAAUUGGGAAGGAUCCAGCUCCUUUUAAUUUGUACAUGUUUAGAAAUAACAACCCAGCCAGUAAAAUACACGAUGUGAAAGAUUAUAUCACAGAUGUUAACAGCUGGCUGGUGACGUUCGGCUUCCACCUGCACAAUGCCAUUCCUGGCUUCCCUGUACCAAAAUUUGAUUUAACAGAACCUUCUUAUGAACUUGUGAAGAGCCAGCAAUGGGAAGACAUACCACCAAUUUCUGGAGUGCAACAACAAGUGGCGAGACAAGCAAAGGCUUUCCUUUCCCUGGGAAAGAUGGCAGAAGUGCAGGUCAGCAGACAGAAAUCCAGUGGAGAAAAGUCGUGGCUGUGGUUUGCCACGGUGAAGUCUCUGAUUGGCAAAGGGGUGAUGCUCGCUGUCAAUCAAGGCAAAGUGCAAACAAACGUGCUCAACAUUGCUAAUGAGGACUGCAUAAAAGUGGCAGCUGUUUUGAACAACGCUUACUACCUAGAAAACUUGCAUUUCACUGUGGAGGGAAAGGACACACACUAUUUUAUCAAGACCACCUCCCCUGAGAGUGACCUUGGGACACUGAGGCUGACAAGUGGGCGUAAGGCCCUGGAGAACGGCAUCAAUGUCACUGUUUCCCAGUCCACCACUGUGGUGAACGGCAGGACUCGUAGGUUUGCUGAUGUUGAAAUGCAAUACGGUGCUCUAGCGCUUCACGUCCGCUAUGGCAUGACACUUGAUGAGGAAAAGGCCCGGAUACUGGAGCAAGCCAGGCAAAGAGCUCUUUCCAGUGCUUGGGCCAGAGAACAACAGAGAGUAAGAGAUGGAGAGGAAGGCGCCAGGUUGUGGACAGAAGGAGAAAAGAGGCAGUUGCUAAGUGCUGGAAAGGUACAAGGAUAUGAUGGGUACUAUGUACUCUCUGUGGAGCAAUAUCCAGAAUUAGCAGACAGUGCUAACAAUAUACAGUUCCUCAGACAAAGUGAGAUAGGAAAGAGGUAA